GCAGGGCUGGACCACCAUGGGCGAUGAAGACUGGGAAGCGGAAAUCAUCACCCCGCACCUGUCCUCCUACGUGCCGGUGUUCGAGAAGGAUAGAUAUUCUUCUGGAGCCAAUGGAGACACUUUCAGCAGGACUCCAGUUCCAUCGCCAGAAAUUGAUGAUGGACCUUCUCGAAGAGAUCAUUUCAUGAGAAGUGGUUUUGCCUCUGGGAGGAGCUUGGGAAACAGAGAUGCCGGCGAGUCUAAUAAAAGGGAGAGCGCGCCCACGAUGGGUGGCUUUGGAGUUGGAAAGGGUUUUGGAAACAGAGGUUUUCCCAAUAACAAGCUUGAAGAAGGUGACAGCUCUGGUUUCUGGAGAGAGUCUAAUAACUUCGGGGAAGACACUUCGGCGCAGAGCAGGGGGUUCUCCAGGAGAGGAGGCUUUCAGGAUGGAAAUGACUCAGAAGCUUCGGCGCCACCCAGAAGAGGUGGACGAGGUGGCUUCCGAGGUUGCCGUGGAGGGUUUGGCCUGGGAAGUCCAAACAGCGAGUGCGAGCAAGACGAGGGGACGCCACGCACUGCCGGCCUCUUUGGAUCCAGGAGACCAGCGUUUAGUGGCCCGGGCCAUGGCGACAUCUUCCAAAGCAGGAGCGGGAGCGGGCGCGAAAGAGGUGGUUACAAGGGGCUAAAUGAAGAAGUCGUCACGGGCUCUGGGAAGAAUUCUUGGAAAUCAGGAACUGAAGGAGCAGAAAGUGAUGACAUUCAAGGACCCAAAGUGACCUAUGUUCCACCUGCCCCGCCCGAGGAUGAGGACGCCAUCUUCGCACACUACCAGACAGGCAUCAACUUUGACAAGUACGACAGCAUUCUCGUGGAAGUGUCUGGACACGAUGUUCCACCAGCGAUCUUGACGUUUGAAGAAGCUAAUCUCUGCCAGACGCUGAAUAACAACAUUGCUAAGGCUGGUUAUACGAAGCUCACUCCUGUGCAGAAGUACAGCAUCCCUAUUAUCCUCGCAGGGCGAGACAUGAUGGCGUGUGCGCAGACGGGAUCGGGGAAAACUGCAGCGUUUCUCUUGCCGAUCUUGGCACACAUGAUGCGUGACGGCAUCACCGCCAGCCGUUUCCGAGAGCUGCAGGAGCCCGAGUGCAUCAUCGUGGCCCCCACGCGGGAGCUCAUCAACCAGAUCUACCUGGAGGCCAGGAAGUUCUCCUUCGGAACUUGUGUAAGAGCUGUUGUCAUAUAUGGGGGAACCCAGUUUGGGCAUUCAGUUCGACAGAUAAUCCAAGGCUGUAAUGUGCUAUGUGCUACUCCAGGGAGACUGAUGGAUGUCAUCAGUAAAGAAAAGAUUGGUCUUAGACAAGUCAGAUACCUAGUUCUGGAUGAAGCCGACCGCAUGCUGGAUAUGGGCUUCGGACCAGAAAUGAAGAAAUUAAUUUCCUGCCCGGGAAUGCCUUCGAAGGAACAGCGCCAGACCCUUAUGUUCAGUGCCACUUUCCCAGAAGAAAUUCAGAGGAUGGCUGGCGAGUUUUUGAAGCUGAACUACUUGUUUGUUGCUGUCGGACAAGUGGGUGGAGCCUGCACGGACGUCCAGCAGACGGUGCUCCAGGUGGGCCAGUACUCCAAGCGAGAGAAGCUGGUGGAGACGCUGCGGAGCACAGGUGAUGAAAGAACAAUGGUUUUUGUUGAAACUAAGAAAAAAGCAGAUUUUAUUGCCACUUUCCUUUGUCAAGAAAAAAUAUCAACAACAAGCAUUCAUGGUGACCGGGAGCAGAGGGAGCGAGAGCAGGCCCUGGGAGACUUCCGCUGUGGGAAGUGCCCCGUGCUGGUGGCCACUUCCGUCGCCGCCAGGGGCCUGGACAUUGAGAAUGUCCAGCAUGUGAUCAAUUUUGACCUGCCCUCCACCAUCGCCGAGUAUGUUCACCGCAUCGGGCGCACCGGCCGCUGCGGGAACACGGGCAGAGCCGUCUCCUUCUUCGAUCCUGAGUCAGACCGGCCCUUGGCGCAGCCGCUCGUGAAGGUGCUGUCGGAUGCCCAGCAGGACGUCCCCCCGUGGCUGGAGGAGAUCGCCUUCAGCACCUACGUGCCCGGCUUCAGUGGGAGCAGCAGAGAGAACGUGUUCAUGUCGGUGGACACCAGGAAGAAUUUCCAUGGCAAGAGCACUCUCGGCACAGCAGGCUUUUCCUCUCCGCAAGUCCCGAACCCAGCAGAUGACGAGUCGUGGGAUUAAAGCCACAGCAGCCUCCAAGCUCGGAUAGUUUUGAUGCAGAGAAGCAGUUUUGAUUUUGAGUUUUUAACGGACGUGUGAAACCCAGUACUCGUAUCUCCUGUCGUUCUGUUCUUACUCCCGCCCUUGAAACCCCUCACUGGCCAGUUACGUGAGAGGCUGAUACAGAUGGUGUUACCUGCAAAGAUUAAAGCAUUU